AUGGAACAAUCAGGAGAGCUGCUCACAGCAGCACACGAAAUAUACGCCCGAAUGGGAGGUUCUUCGGCAGAUGCUGCUACGCGCCCGCCCGCCUACAAAGCCAUUGGUAUUUCCUUGGCUGUCGCUUCCGGCGCAUUCAUCGGCUGCUCCUUCGUCAUCAAGAAGGUCGGUCUGCUAAAGGCCAACGAAAAGUACAACGAAGCUCCCGGUGAGGGUUAUGGCUAUCUGAAGAAUGCCUGGUGGUGGACUGGUAUGAUUCUCAUGAUUGUGGGAGAAAUCUGCAACUUUGUCGCAUACGCCUUCACCGAUGCCAUUCUCGUCACCCCGCUGGGCGCCUUGUCCGUCGUCCUGACUGCUAUCCUCUCGGCCAUCUUCUUAAAGGAACGCUUGAGCAUGGUUGGAAAAGUGGCUUGCUUCCUCUGCAUUGUCGGAUCCGUCGUCAUUGUCAUGAACGCGCCCGAGAACUCGGCCGUCGCCAAUAUCCAGCAGAUGCAAAGCUACGUUAUUCACCCCGCAUUCUUGUCCUACGCCGGAGUCAUCAUCGUUGGCUCCAUCGCAACAGCUCUAUACGCUGGCCCGAGGUGGGGCAAGAAGAACAUGUUGGUCUACAUCUCCAUCUGCAGUUGGAUCGGAGGCUUGAGUGUCGUCGCAACUCAGGGCCUGGGAGCCGCCAUCGUAGCUCAGGCUGGCGGUCAGUCCCAGUUCAACCAGUGGUUUCUCUACGUCCUGCUUGUUUUUGUCAUUGCGACGCUUUUGACUGAGAUUAUCUAUCUCAACAAAGCACUUAAUCUUUUCAACGCAGCUCUCGUCACUCCGACCUACUACGUUUAUUUCACCAGUACCACAAUCAUCACCUCCGCUGUGCUUUUCAGGGGCUUCAAGGGAACACCCACGGCCAUCGUCACAGUUGUCAACGGCUUUUUGACCAUCUGCUCUGGUGUCGUGCUUCUUCAACUAUCGAAAUCGGCCAAAGAUGUUCCCGACACGGCAGUUUUCACCGGUGACCUCAACCAGAUUCACACAAUCGCUGAGCAGGAGCAGCCCGAGACCGAACCCAAAGCCGACGCCAUCCGCGGAGCCGCUGCCAUUGUGCGUCGCUUGUCCUCCGCCAGACAGAAGAUGGAAGAGGAUGAGUUCAAGCGAUUGCACGAAGAGAAGAUGCGCGAGUCUUUGGAGCCUGUCAGCGAGGAUGGCCAGCCGAUGUACGAGUGGGACGGCAUCAGAAGACGUCGAACCAUGACCGUGGGCAGCCGAAGCACCCGAGGAACUAUCAUUUCGCCGUACCCGAUUCCCCAUUCCGGCGUUCCGUCCGGCGUACCUUCCGGCAUCCCCCGCACGCCCACGAUCGUUCCAAGCUCUCCGCAGGCUCAUCCACCUCUCGGCAUGUCCCAUUUCCCAACCGAAGAAGAGUUGUCUGAACGGGAUCGACCCACGUCUCCGGGCAUGCUUUCGAGUAUUGCUGGUACAAUCCGAGAGCGAGCGAGGAGUGUUCUGUCAACAAACCAGCCACACAUUUCCCAAGAUCCGAAAGUGCAAAGCCCGAUGCAUCCUGUUCCUCUGACGGAGAUUGCAGUCGCCACGCUCAAGUCGGACGACGACCAGUCGCCGUACUACGGCAGGAGCAGGGAGCAUGUUUACGGACUUCCAGUGGCUCAGCAUGGUGAUAUGGAAUACUCCGGCGCCGCAGGUGUCUACGAUCAACGGGCAGUAUCGCAAGGAAGCGGCUUCAGCGGCACUAGCACUCACCUGGCGCCAACCCCGCCGCCGCACUCUGCGAAGAGACAGUUCUCAUUUACCAACGUUUUCAAGAGGCAUCAUAACGACGCGGCGUCGCCAGCGCACCACGAAGAUGACCCUCAUCUUCGUCCGCACAGUCGGUACGGUCUGGGGUCGCGAGGGUACUCCAGCCCGCAGGUUAAGAAUGCCACUGAAGAGGAGCGACUUGGCCUUGUGAAGGGGGAUUCUCACUCGAUGCCUGUUCUUCAGCGCUAUGACGAUGACGACGAGGACGAUGCCUACAUAGACGAGGACAAGGUGCGGGCCAUCGACUCCAGCCCACCGCAGGCGUCCAGGUAUGGCCGGGGUAUCACGACGCCGCCAAGGAGAGGCAGUGAUCCAAGGGAGGCAGAUUACGAGUCGGAAGCGCCGACACCUCCACCUCACCGGUCACAGCCCGGUGGGGGUGGUGGUCGAUUCUUAUAA